UCUACACACGGGUUGAGGAGAUGGGAAACUGGAGGUGAGGAAUUCACCACAGAGGCACAGGAAUGAGACAGAGCUUUCUGACUGACUGGGAGUAAAGCCAACCUAUGGAUCUUCAACAGUUUGCAGUUUAGAAGCGUGAAGCGUAUCACUCAUCAUCCUUCACUGGAGGAAGAAGACGAAACUUCUAAACCUGUGUGUCUCUACCAGAACUUCCCACGUGGCUGUCUGAAGAAGAGAAGUAUCGGGAAAGAGAGAGAGGAACGAAGAGCAAAAACCAGCCUGCCUUGGAAAGGGAAGAAGGACGGUGUCCUGAGAGGGAGGUGGCUAUGCGUGAGGAGGUUUCCUGUGCCAACUCCCCUGAAGGGGGGCUGGGGGCCAGCGAGGAGGAGCUGGAGAGGGGCUCCAAGAAGAGUGGGCCAACAGGGGGGCGAAAGCGGGUGCCGUACCCCAAGAAGGACAGUUUGGGUCAGGCCGAGGAGAGGGCUGUGGUCAGCGGGAGCCUCAACUGCCUUGUUCCGUCAGGGCCAAAGCGGCAGAAGAAGCAACAGAGCUCCCCCACGUCGGUGGUGUGUGUGGCCCCAUCCGUGCUGAGCUCCAGCGGCCUUGGUCUGGGCCCGGGCGGCGAGCCCUUCGAGGACCUGCACACUCAGCGAGUGAUCGCCAACGUUCGCGAGCGCCAGCGCACGCAGUCACUGAACGACGCCUUUGCCUCGCUGCGUAAGAUCAUCCCCACUCUGCCGUCCGACAAACUUAGCAAGAUACAGAUCCUGAAACUGGCGUCACGCUACAUCGACUUCCUGUACCAGGUGCUGCAGAGUGAUGAGAUGGACGCCAAGCUGGCUAGCUGCAACUACCUAGCCCACGAACGCCUCAGCUACGCCUUUUCCGUCUGGAGGAUGGAGGGUGCCUGGGCAAUGUCUGCCAGCCACUAGUGUCCCCUCUCCAUCCUCCAUCCUGCUCUGCCCGUCCUGCUCUGUCUUAACCUUACUUUCUCUUACUUCCUUCUUGUACUGCCUAACCCCACCAUCCCUGGCCUCCCCUAACCCACUAUCUCUGUACCCCCUAACCCCACCAUCCCUGGCCUCCCCUAACCCACUAUCUCUGUAGCCCCUAACCCCACCAUCCCUGGCCUCCCCUAACCCACUAUCUCUGUACCCCCUAACCCCACCAUCCCUGGCCUCCCCUAACCCACUAUCUCUGUACCCCCUAACCCCACCAUCCCUGGCCUCCCUAACCCACUAUCUCUGUACCCCCUAACCCCACCAUCCCUGGCCUCCCCUAACCCACUAUCUAUGUACCCCCUAACCCUACCAAUCCUGGCCUCCCCUAACCCACUCUCUCUGUACCCUGUAACACAACCAACCAUGGCCUCCCUUAAGCCACUAUCUCUGUACCCCCUAACCCCACCAUCCAAGGCCUCCCUUAAGCCACUAUCACUGUACCCCCUAACCCCACCAUCCAAGGCCUCCCUUAAGCCACUAUCUCUGUACCCUGUAACACAACCAACCAUGGCCUCCCCUAACCCACUCUCUCUGUACCCUGUAACACAACCAACCAUGGCCUCCCUUAAGCCACUAUCUGUGUACCCUGUAACCUUACCAUCCAAGGCCUCCCUUAAGCCACUGUCUCUGGCCCUCCUUUAAGCCAAAACACACUGUUUCCUCCUAACCCACUACCUCCCUCUUCAUUAUUCUCUAUUCUCUACUGUUCUUCAAACUGUUCUUUGCUUACCCACUCAUUCCCCUAAUCGCCCAAUGCUCCAUCACUCACCUUACCCACUGCCCCAACACUCAACUUAACCACUGCCCCAUCACUCCCACUGUACCCGUUCACCCUUCGAGCUUUGCCCCCCCCCAACCCACCUUUCCACCUAAAAUGCCCCUGUAUGCCGCCUAACAAUUUAGCCCCAACUCCACAACUCUACGGUACAGCCCUGCAGGACAGACAUGUAACGAAUGGACUCCUCUUUACAUCUAAAAAGGUCUGUCGUGUCCAUCCUCCCCUGCAUACCCCAUCUCUCCUUCUUCGGAAGCCCUGGCCCACAGACAUGGGCAUUGGAGCGAACACAGGCAUUGGUUUAAGGACAGAUAUCCAGUCGACUCUCCUUUUGCAGCCUGACAGACAGACAGACCGUUUUAUAAUGCUCUAUUACAGUACGUGACUGUCACUGAGGCAUGACGAAGAUCCUCAAUUUAUACGCCACUUCAAAGACUCCACAGAGGAAGAUUCUUUGACAACUGAGAUGACUUACGCUCAUGAUAAUUACAAUAAUGGCCAUAAUAAUGAAGCCAAAGGGAUGGAUAGCUGGUGGUCCCAGCCCAAUGAAUGUUUACAGCAAAGAUGCUAAUAAGCUAAUAAUUGUAGGCUCUUCCACCUCCAUUUGUUGGGUAGGAAAAGUCCCAGAAGCCUGCCAUGUUUCCAACAGUUAUAUAAAUGUAUCUGCUUGAUUUGUCUGUUGCCUGUGUUCAUGUAUUUCUCUGUUUGCAUUAUGUCCCUUCACAGCGAGUGGACUUAGCAUGUGCAGAAGCUCAUUGCUUAUUCAUAAAGGUUACAUUUGACAUUACAAUGACUUUAUAUCAGAGUAAGUAAUAAGCGAUAAUCUUUGCUGGCUCCCUACAACACAUGAGUACAGUAGUACACACAGUUUUGUAGCAUGCACAGACUAUGGUUAGAUUAGACAUAGGUUUAGUGGAAUCUAUCCACUAAGGUCUGUGAUAGAUUAAGUGUGAAAACUUAACAUGCUAAAUAACUACGUGGUAAUACAGUAGGAUCAGAGUAACAUAUUACAUAUUCUUUGGACACUCUUAACUAAAGUAAAGAUACAAUUAGGAGUGACAUUGUACAUUGUUGUAUAUACAAGUAACAUUGUACUUAUAGUUUUAAGUACCAUUGUACUUAUAGUUUUAAGUAGCAGUGUAGUACUUUUAAAUGAAAGAUAAAAAUAUAGUUUGAAUAUUGUAAGUUUAGUAAUUCAUUGGAAUUUCUCUUUAAGAUACUUUUAAGGAAAUACUGCAAUAUGCUAUCAGUAAUUUGAGAGUGUAAUGAAAAUUGUAAACUGUACUUUUUUUACAAUGUGAUAAAUUCAGAUGUUGUUGCUCCUGGGUAAUGGUAGGUAGUGGGAAUAUCUGAUAUACUGUCUCCAGAAAAUGUAGUUGGUUAAUAUGUUUUAUCCUCGUGCUCAGAUGUAGUUCUUUUGGCAGAUUGUUUGUCACCAGCGUUUCAUUACAUUAUUCAUUAGCU